AUGCGGUGUGACAAUUACUGUCCAAGAUGCGGAGAAUUAGAGGAAACUGUGACCCAUGCAUUUUUUGAAUGUCCGCCAGCUCUUCAAGUCUGGUCAUUAUCAUCGACUCCAACAAGCCCUGAUAUAUUUCCGGUAUCAAGUGUCUACACAAAUAUGGAUUAUCUGUUUUGGAGGAAGAAUAGCAUCAUCGAGCCAGAAAGAGACAGGGAUCCUUAUCCCUGGAUAUUAUGGUACAUUUGGAAGGCUAGAAAUGCCAAACUAUUCAGAGGAAUAGAUAGAGAUCCAUUGGAGCUAGUUCGACACGCAGAGAGUGAAUGUCAUGCAUGGUUUGAUGCUAAUGAAGCGGUGCAACCAGUGUUACAACCAGUGGUUCAAGCUAAUAUCCCUGGGAUAGCCCAAGUCAUACGUUUGGGUAAUAUAUGCUUGCUAGAUGGAUCUUGGACAUCUUCUGCUCACUUUAGCGGAUGCGGCUGGGUAUGGAUGGAUAGUGUUGGGAAUAUUCAACUUAUGGGAACAAAGAAUUUCACUCGACGUGAAUCAGCUUUGCAUUCGGAAGUAGAAGCACUGCGGUGGGCGAUGGAAAAUAUGCUUCAACAUUCAACAUGCCAGAACUUUGGGACAGACUGCAAGGAGCUGAUUGCAAUGUUAAAGGACCCUCAAGAUUGGCCAAGUUUUGCGACAGAAUUGGAGAGAAUAGAGACAUUACAGAUAUGCUUUCCGGACUUCAACAUCAUUCAUUGGUUAUGGAUGGACAUGGAAGACCUCAGGAGGAACAACUCAACUAUUAGGAGCACGAAACCAGCGACGAAGAAUCUCACCACUUCACUCGGAGCUCGAGGCCCUCUCGUGGGCGAUGGAGUGCAUGCUUCAGCUAUCGACGUGUCAACUUUUUUGCAUGGAUUGUAA